GGUCACGUGAAUAAACUCGCUCGGAUCCGAGGAAGAUGGGGUUUGGUGUAAAUCUGGGGUGUAAUGCUGUCAUUUAUCACGCUACCUCGUAAAAACGACACUGAAGCGUCUUGGCCAACAAAUCACCGUCCAAAAUUAUGAGUUCUUCCUAUUAUGUGAAUAGUAUUUUCAGCAAAUAUGCGGCGGGGACUUCCCUUUUUCAAAAUGUUGACCAAUCUUCCUGCUCUUUCGCACCCAGCGUUCAGAGAUCUGCAUAUGGACCGGGAACAUCAGCUUUCUCCUCGGCUUUGCCCGGGCUCUACACGGUGAAUAAUGCCAUGUACCAGAACCCGUCCGUACUCACCUCCGGGUAUAACCUAGGCUCGGAAGGUUACAACCUGCAUUGCAACUCAUUUGAUCAGAGUCUGCCCGUCCUCUGCAAUGACCUGGCCAAAGGCGGCAGUGAUAAGACGGGUCCAGCUGACCUCAGCUCGCACUCUGAGAGCAGUUUCCGGAUGUACCCCUGGAUGAGAACUUCAGGUGCGGACAGAAAGCGAGGAAGACAAACAUAUACCCGGUACCAGACUCUGGAGCUGGAGAAAGAGUUUCACUUUAACCGCUAUCUGACGCGCAGGCGGCGCAUAGAGAUCGCUCACACCCUGUGUCUCACCGAGAGGCAGAUCAAGAUCUGGUUCCAGAAUCGGCGAAUGAAGUGGAAGAAAGAGCACAAGGAGGACACCUCGAUUUCCACCGCCGCCACCGAAACCACAGCUGAGGAAAAGGAAGACGACGACGACGAGGAAGAGAAAAGCCCAUAGGAAAGGAAAGACAUCCGUGGAAAAUAAGACUGGCUUAUUGAACUGAUAUUUAGCAAAACAUUAAAAAAAUCUAUUGCGUUGUAUUGUGACAUUAAUAACAAGAGAGAUAUUUAAAAAUACAGCACAACAACAUUUUGUGCUUAAGUGAUUUACAUCAAACAUCAAUGCGUUCCACGGGGGAACUGCGGAAUAGUGGACUUUUAAUUAAAUGAAUCCAAUUUAAAAGCUUCAUUCUCUGUGAUUGUUUUAGUAAUAACAGAGAAAGGGAGAUUAAUGAAACAUUAAAGUAGGUCUAACCUUUAUAAGCACUAACUAAACUACCUAUUACACUUUCAGGUUAUAGUUUACGGGCACGUGCAUUAAAAUCAAAACCUACCUAUUGAUGAAGUUUGUCAAUGUGUUUAGAAAUAUAAACUUAUCUGAGCUUCUGUAUUAUAGUAUUCGAUCAACAUUCCGGAACUACCUUAGCAAAAACAGUAGCUACUUUUUUUUAAUUGUGUAAUACGGUAUGCAUGUGAAAUGUCUAUUGUAAAUAAAAGCUUUUAAACUACACGGCAGCGCUACAAUGCACAGGCAACUGUUGUAACCUUACUUCUUCACGCUAAACGUAAUAAUAUGUAAUAAUAGUGUUUCUGAUGAAGUGUGUACAAUCUGAAUAAAUUACUUGUAACUCCA